AUGAGUACGACCGAUUAUCAAACACCUAUCAAACAAUGGUGGGGUCUCGUAACAUCCGAUCGUCACCCAAAAGCCGAUCCCUCACGGCUAGUUUCGGUUGCUGAAUUGCCGAUCUAUGCAGAAGACAAAAAAUCACAACUGUAUUUUAUUGAAAGCGAGCCGUUGCCUUUACAAAGAGAAUUUUCGACGAUCAGAAGGGCUUGGCAAGAAGAAUAUAAUCCGGGUCGCAGAGAGUUUUCUUUGAUAGAUCAUGCGGUGACUGGUGUUCAAAAUACCGCUUUCAAGGUUCAACGCUACGUAGAGGAUGAGUGGAGCGUAAUUCCUAAGGCUGGUGCAAUUACUCUUGGUGGUAUGGCAGGCUUGGUUCUUGGAAUGCGACGAGGUGCGUUUGGCCGAAUUUUCACUUCUGCCACCGGAAUGGCGACAAUGACAGCAUUUUGUUAUCCAAAAGAAACGGUCGAUCUCAUCCGAGGCGGCUUGGCCUCUGUUCGUUCGGAAUGGACCGACUUCCAAAAAUCGCCUCAUCCUCCAAAUGAAAAAGAAACCAGAUCUUUCUCCACCCAAGAAAUGAUUAGAUUAAAUUUCUUUCCUAUG